AUGCGCGCCAAGGCGGUGCUUUGCCCCAAUUCAAUUGUGAAGCUACCCAAAUGAUCGCAAACGAAAUGCAGAUAGCACUUAAUUGAUUGCUGUAUGUGUAGUGGAUAAAAAGGUCUCCCUUGUUAAAGUAGUCCAGCAUUGACUAUACUAAAAAAAGUACGUGUCAUUGAACUAUGAACUUCAGAAUAAUAGCAAGUGACAAACAAGGGGAGGCCGGUACUAUUGCUUAUUAUCGAUUUGAAACCGUUUUACAUUAGACUUCGUCGGACAAGCUUCCUGUGUCUUAGUAGUGCAUAGAUGUGGUGCUCUGAUAUUAGCUAGGUAAGCACGACAUUUGCUAGCUAUUUUAGCUUAACGGAUCCGAAAGGACAAAGCGUCAUGGCAGCCGAGCAUAUGUUCAUAAUGGACAACGGGGCCAACUCCCUGAAGGUCGGCUAUGCCACUGAUAACCAACCACGGCUAAUACCGAACGCAAUCACGAAGGCGAAAUCUGAAACCCGGAGGCGAUUCAUCGGCGACCAGGUCGAAGACUGUAAAGAUAUGUCACAGCUGUACUAUAUUUUGUGCCACGAAAGAGGCUACCUCGUUAAUUGGGAAGUUCAAAAGCAGGUUUGGGACUAUGUGUUCAGCUCAGAAUGCCUUGGUGUAGAUUUUUCGUCGACAGGUCUUAUCCUGACCGAGCCUUAUUUCGACUUCUGCUCAAUUCAGGAGAACUUGACAGAAAUCUUCUUCGAGGACUACGGUGUUCAAUCUCUAUGUGUUAUUAAUCCUAGUUCCCUUGUUGCAUAUAAAUACCACCAAGAGAAUCCAUCGGCAUUGUGCAGUCUGGUGUUGGAUUCCGGUUACUCUUUUAGCCAUGUGGUACCGUAUGUAAAGGGACGUCGCGUGAAGGAGGGAAUUCGUAGGAUCAAUGUCGGAGGCAAGAAACUUACAAACUAUUUGAAGGAUGUUAUUUCAUUUCGGCAACUUAACGUCAUGGAUGAAACUUACGUCAUUAAUCAGGUAAAGGAAGAUGUAUGUUUCGUCUCUCAGAAUUACCGCUCUGAUAUGGACAUAGCCCGAAAGUGUCUGCCGGAUAAUGUAAUUUGGCGUGACUAUGUCCUGCCUGAUUACACGUCGAUUAAACGUGGCUUUGUUAGACCAAAGGAACAAACCAAUGGGCGCGCAACGGAUACCGAACAGAUUGUACGAAUGAACCUGGAGCGGUUUCAAGUCCCAGAACUGCUCUUUCACCCAUCUGAUGUUGGUAUUGAUCAAAUGGGAAUCUGUGAAGCAAUGACGCACGCUGUCAAGUCAUUGCCCAAGGACGUGCACCCGCAUAUGUACUCAAAUAUUCUCCUAACUGGUGGCAAUGCACUUUUUCCGGGAUUUCGCGAACGAGUCGCUAGUGACCUGCGGAGCCUCGUUCCAGAGCUCUACGACAUUCAUGUUAAACUGGACGACCCAGUUAAUGCGGCAUGGCAUGGCGGAAAAUUGUUGGCUAACAAUAAAGAUGAUCUUGCUAAAAAGACGCUUACCAAACAGCAAUAUGGCGAGCAAGGCAUUGCCUUCUGUGUAGAUUUCUACAAUUUGCUACACUAAUACCGUUAAUCUAUUAACAUAUCAUGUAAAUACAAUUCUAUUCUAUACAUUUGAGACAGAGCAUUGGGUUCGUUGAACCAGUGUGCUUAUGAUAUAAGGUUUUAUUCAACAAAUGUCUUAUGAAAAACACUUUCGAAAAAUUUGAGCGAACUCUUGUGCAAUGCUAUUGUCAUCUCUGUAAGAUCAUCGUUCUUUACAUAAUCACAUAAACUAGGCGAUACUCAUCUAGUACAUUCUAUAUAUAUAUAUAUAUUUACAUAAAUAUAUCCGUACAGGGUGUACGAAACGUUAUACAAUCUUUCUAGAAUCUGAGCGAAGGUAACAUGCAGAAGAAUCCUAAAUAUUAUUAUCCAAAAAUAUGUAUCUAAAAGCUAGUAUGUUUUAAAAUAAGAAAAGGGGAUAUUAAGUUGAAAAUCCCUCAGAGAAUAGUAGAUACCGCCUAAAAUAUCAUGUGCGGUUCAGCGUUCGCAGAAAUAACCAUGUAUGAAUUUUUUCUCUACAUUUUUUGUGAUAUUGAGGUACAAUCUAAAGAUAAUUGUACUCUUAAAGGCGUCGAGCAUCAAUUAGCGUAACAGAGGACUGUUAAAAUUUACAAGUGCUCUUUACUUCCAACGCGUUUGUUACAUAAUCUAUUACGUCAAUAUCCCCAUGUGCUAAAGCUUACCUAGACAAAAGGCACAGCAUGCAGCCGCUUUCUGCAAGAUACUUAUUCAGGCUGCUUAUGAUUCAAUUGGGUGGGAAGAAUUUAAUCUUUGCCUGACUAUGUCGGUAGCUUUAAUUUUAAAAUAUUUGGUUUAUUUAUGAUCAGUGUAACUAAGGUUUCUGAGCUGUAUGUUAAGAUAUCUCAUUUAAAUAUAUAUAAACACCAACAGAAGUUGAUAUAAGUAGCUGAGCAAGGUGUAGUUAUGAAUAUGUUAAAAUACAUCUAAGUCUCUGAGUGGAAGCUUCUUUCCAUAGUGAUUGUAAACAAUGGGCGAAAGAAUUAUCGAUACACGCACGUAUUUCAGAGAGACAAAUGUAGGAUAUUUGUAAUGAAGAGCUUAAGCAAAAAGUGUUCGUCAGGAUUAUUUAAAUAUCUACGUAGUAUUUUUUAUUUAGUUUGUUUUUGAAAAUUUAAGGUUACAUUUAAAGUAUUCAUAGCAUACAAUAUUUAUAGAGUACGUCGUCGUGCAGAGAUACUGAGUGGUUUAAAGAAGAAAUAGUCAUGUGAAAUUUUAUAAAUUUUGCCUUUACAAGGUAUUUACAAACAAUAUUUACCAAUUGUAUUAGGGGGUCGAUGUUACUAGAUCGUUGUACUAAGAGCUCUACAUGCGUAGAGCUAUUGAUACGGCAGCUGGGACCCCAUAUAUGUGUUACUAAUUCUUCGAAAAUUUCCUUUUCUGCAUUCUUAUCCGUUCCUGUACAAUAAACUCCCUAUAUCGUAGAUUAUUUUAUUACCUCGCUGAGUACAGUGAAUCGCGCGUGACAGGAAAUGACUUGAGAAGCUUCAAGAAGCUCACAAUCGUUUUCUAAGCACUUUCAUAUAAUGGUGGUGUCCAUCAGGGGAAAAGGCGAAAGAGUACCUGAUGCGCCGGUAGCGAGCUUCGACUGCUGGAGGCUUACCAUUGACCAGCCGGCGGGGGAUGCUUGAACGUGGACAGCAGCUUCCGGAACGUGUAGGGCUGCAUGCGAGGCAUAGGAAGACGGGCUCACUAAACCGGAGCGUUCUGCACAAGAAAGUUUCUUUCUUCGGAAGCCCGCCUCCAUUAACGAAACCGGGCAUGGGCCUCUAUCCGUAGCUUGGAUACCAAACGAUCGGGCUAAGGCUAACCGCGACUUCAGUAACUCUUCUAACAGCAAGGCCUUAAACCCGUGGAGUAGUUCGAAUAGUGUCACGCCUAGGACCUCGCUGACCAUAUUAUUCACUAUAAAAACGACUGUCGGGACCAUCGUGCAGACAGGGAAGCCGGUGAUUAUAGCAAAUUCUUAGACGCGCCGUAAUCGUGCCGUACAUCUACUCUAUUACGACGGUUCUUAAACGGCGGAUAUUGGAACGUGCCAAAAAUUGAAGUCGGUCCUAAAAGUAGAUGGCCUUGUAUUUUAAGACCACCUCCAUGGACCCAUGCUAAUUCUAAAGGGCGGUGAGAGUUUUUACCGGGGCCCGGGCUGUCAAUCGGUGGGCACGAAAAAAAUGAACGAAACGCGUGCAAUACUCUCUACUCAAUAGCACCGGUUUUAUAGCCUCAGGGAGUCAGUCUUUGUUAAAUCCAAAUGGUCUUGUGACAGAGCGAAUAAAGUUGACGUCGUCGAUCACGGGAAGAUCGGCCAGAUGCUUCGCGACCAGAAGUGGUAUUGUCUGACUACCCGUAAUAGAAAUCGAACCAUUCUGUUGAGCAUAAUCACCACCGCAAAUCCAUGCGGGUUCGUCAGAUAACGCACCGUAACUUAUCAGCCUUUUCAGGAGUAUUACUAUAGUCGCUACAGGACAACUACGGGUUGUCGUGCUACUUCAAGACUGCACAUUGAAGUCGUAUUCCAACAUCUCCUAGACCCACUGAAUUCGCUUGGUAUAAGUCCCUCUUGCUCUACAAAUACUUCAGCAUGCUACUGCGACCUGAUAUGAUGAACCGCUCUCCAUACAGAUAUUGGUGAAGUUCCCUUAUCGUCUAAACAACACCCAAGCACACUGUCUCCGACGGCUGCACUUCUCUUUUAAUCGAAAAUGUUUAUUCGCCUAGGCUAGCACGCGCUCUACGUCCACGCCAAAUUGGACUAGCACCCCUGCUGAUGUUGGCACUAUGUUUCGAUAGGUAACUUUUCCCAGAAGUGUUAUAUAAUUCACUUGUUAGGGCCCCUUUGAAAGCAAAAAAAUGCUCUCUGAUGAGGCGCAGAAAAGGCGGACGCUUUAAACAAAUUGUAUAGCGGUUAGGUAACCUUGGCAAGAUCUCGGGACGACUCGACGGUAGUAAAAGACCACGACCAGGAAGUUCUGUAAUCACCACAAGUUUCUCUGGGUUAAAAGAGAGCCUGGAAAAUUCAACGAUCGAGAUAUACGACCUCCUACAUAACGAACAAGCACUGCCGGCGUUAACGACAGAAAUUACAUCUAAAAAACGGUAUGGAUGUCUCUUGAACCCCUGAAUUUACGAUGACAUCAACGAGAUGUACAAAAACCAGCUAGUACUGCAAUUUACUUAGUAGGCCUCCAUUAGCCGCUGAAAUGUCACCUGUACAGUAAUCAGUUCAUAAGGCAUCCGCUUGAGUUGACCUAGACUGUGUGAGAUACAAAAUGCGCCACGUCGAUAAGGCUUCAAGGGUCAAACCACCUGUUCAGGUAGCCGUCUGCCGCCAAACCUGUAAUCUACCUCAGCCAUUUUAUCAAAUGGUUCCCGUUAAAAACAAAGACUCCGGACAUAUUAGCUUGCUGCAGACUGUUCAUCAAGCGGUGAAUUAAGCCGUUCGCAUUCGCUUAGAUCCUACCGCUGCCACUGUAUUUGUCACAGUAAAAAGGUUAGACAGAUGGAAACUGGCAAAUAACAGGCCGGCGAAAGGGUAUCUUAUAAAUACGUUUGGCGGACCGGAAGUACAUUUAUUGCAAUCACAUAAUUUAUACGUCCGUUACAUCGGAAAUAACUUUAUACGUAUCCAGAAGUUUCUUGUUCCGAUACCACAUGUUGCCAAUCGUAUUUUAAUCAAACAAUGAGAAUCAAACAAGGAAAAACAGAAGCAAUGUUUAUACCUGUAUGCGAACUACGUGACAAUAAUUAUUUCUGUUUAAUUUUGGUGACGCAAUAAAUACAUAACAUUAUUUGUUCUCUUUGUCAUAGUAGAGAUUGCUGAAAGCGAUACACAAAUAUCUUUUGUGCAUGUGCUUGAGAAGCCUUCCUAUCAUUGCUUUGCUCUGCGCUUCUCGCUAUAUUCGCAUAGGUUAUAAUCCACAUCACGCAACAACUAGUGAACCGUAUACACAAGUCAGGUCUAUUAAUAAUAAACGUAUGUCCAUUUUUCCGGUACAAGAUUUCACACAUGAUUUUCGUGUGUAAAACUGAUCGAUGUGGUUACCGUUAAGUCACGGAUGCAGUUGGCUGAGAUUAGUUAGUUACCGUCAAUUUUUUAACUAUUUAUCGGAUUGUUGUACCAGAAGCGCAAUGCUGUACAGUUACGAAGCGAGAAAUUCAAGUCUAGUGCAGUUGUCUAUUUGAACAAUCGAUUUAGGGAAAUAUACAUUUUUUGGCUGUCUUCCAUCGUACAUUUUUCUAUAAUCUGCAUAUACUAUAGUUAGGGAUCUAGACACUUGAGAGAUGACUCUGUUUAGGAUGUAGGUAACUGAUCCUAAGGCAGUGCGCUACUGAUAAUUAUUGAAUGAACUUCUUGGAUCGCCCUAGAUCACGUCACAAAUGAGCCAGGGGUUUCAGGAAAAACAGAUGCAUCUUCUAACAUGCGGAAAAUCUAUGGCAAAAAAAAUCCGUGCGGGCUCCAAAGUCAAAUGCUGCCAUUCAGUUAUGCAUUAUGAACGACUCAUCUCUUUCGAUGAAGACCU